CCAAUAUGGCGGCCACCUGCCAAAGGAAUUGGUGAUUGUUGACAGUUUCAUUGGAUAUUACUUGAUGUGUUUAUGAAGUAAAAGAAAUUUUGACGCUAUUGAAAUAUGGUUCUUUCUAAAGUCGAGGCAUUUGAGCUACUGGAAUUACCUGUUGUGGCUGACCAGGAUUCUAUCAGGACAAGCUACAAGCGACUGGCUCUUAAAUGGCAUCCUGAGAAACAUGGCAAUUCAGCUGAUGCAGUCAGGAGGUUCAAACAAGUGAGCAAUGCAUACAAGAGACUGCAGACAGAUAGCCAAUCAGAUAUGACGCUGGAUGAAAUGUUACGGAUGUUUCAAGAAGUAUUUUUCUCUAAAUCUUUGGGUACCCUCAAUGGGUCUGGGUAUGACACAUCCGAUGACGACGAUGACGAUACAGAUGACUCUGAUGACGACAUCCCGUACCCCUUGUAUACUGACAAGAUCAGGCUAAAACAAGAUCUGAAGAAAAAAAGUCGAGACAACUCCCGGCAUCUAACAGCUGAGGAGGUAAAUAGAAAUGCUGAAGAACUUAUUACAGAAGAAGAAAAAGAAAAAAGGAAAGCAGAGAAGCGGAAAGCGAAAAAGAAAAGAAGACGGGAGAGGAAGAAGCUGGAAAAACAGGACCAGAAGGAUGAGAAGCCAAAGAGGGAGAAAUCCGGUGAGAAGGGGAGGAGGUCAGACAAAAAAGGUCACAGUGGAUCAUCUUCCGAAGCAGAAGAAGCUGGUUUUGACCCCAAUUCUGCAUUUUUCACAAAAGUUGUAAAUAAAAAGAAGAAAGGUCAGACUACAACAGAAACAUCACAGACAGGGAGAAAAGAUAAAACAAAAGACAAGCAACAGUCCGGUGCUAAGAGUGAAGAAGAGGUGGAAGAUUUAGAUCCAAUAGUACUGCGGAGUCGACAGUUAGCAAUAAGAGGAAAUGAAAUGGCCCAGUUAGGUCACUACAUCCCAGCCAUUGAACUUUUUACAGAAGCUAUCAAUUUAGACCCUAGAGAUUUUAGAUUUUUUGGAAACAGAUCCUACUGUUAUGAUCGAAUACACCAAUAUGAAAAAGCUUUACGUGAUGCUGAAAAAGCCAUCGUUCUUGCAAAGGACUGGGCAAAAGGUUAUUUUAGGAAAGGAAGGGCUCUGGCAGGGCUCAAGCUUUUCCCUGAAGCAGAAAAAGCGUUUAUGCAGGUGCUAAAACUAGAUAAAAACUGUGAUGAUGCUGUACAGGAGCUGUUGCGAGUUCGAACCUACCAGCUUACAGAAAUGGGUUUUUCACGACAACAAGCAGAAGCUUCAAUAAAGAAACACGGCUCUGUCCAGACUGCAUUAGACUCACUAUUAGCAGGAGUUGCGGAAAACUCAUUAUCAGGAGAGGUUUAUUUCUCUGAUGAAGAUGAGUUCAUAACAACGUCCAGUUCCCGGUUACAGCCCUUUCAGCAGUCACAGCCUUCUGAUAUAAAAAUGGAUUUCAAUAAUCCAGAGGGUCUCACUGCGUUGUGGGUUGGAAAUGUUUUACCUCAGGUCACAGAAAAAAAAUUGGUUCAAAUGUUUCAAAAAUAUGGUACAGUGACCAGCGUGAGGCUUUUACCAGACAAGUAUUGUGCAUUUGUAAAUUUUAAAAUGCCUGUGUCAGCAGGAAAAGCUAUGCAAUCUUUACAGGGCGUUGAGUGUGAAGGUCAGCGUUUGUUGAUCAAGUUCCCCGACAAUCCAAUCUGUAAUGGCAAUGGCCCAGCCCAAACAAUACUAAAGAAAAAUACAUCAUCACAUACAAAAACCCAACAGAUACAGCAACAACAGCAACAACAACAACAACAGCAGCAACAACAACAACAGCAAUUACAACAACAGCAACAACAACAGCAGCAGACCGGUGUGCGGAAUCAGCCAAAGCAAAGUGGGCCUGUAAAUGGUGAUGAAUGUUAUUUUUGGAGAACGACUGGUUGUAUAUAUGGUGAUAAGUGUCAUUGGAAACAUUUGCCGGAUCAUAAAGGCGUGGAUAAAAAACCGUGGCAAAAGAAUUCUGUAUAGCAGAACAUCCACCAAAAUUUGUUGUUGUUAUUGGGUUAUCUCCCCUGCUCCAUUCGUGGCCUUGCUCAGACUGCCUCGGAAGAGGACCCUGGUGGCUACAUCAAGACUGGCGGUCUGCCCCUUGACUAUAUGCAGCUUAUAACAGAACUGUGUACUUAACAGGAUAUACUGUGAUGGGACUUGAAGCAGCACACUGCCUUGGCUAGGACUUGAGGCUGGUUACAAACAAUUUUUGGAUUACAGGAAAUAGCCAGAUGAUGUAGCUUUGUGACUGUAACCAGCAUCUGUAGGCAAAUGCAUCAAGAGGUAAUGGUUGCAUGUUACCAUGGUUUCCAGUUGAGAUGUCCUAUGAUAUUAUCUUGGCUGCCAUGGAAAAUCAUCACAGACAUCAACUGGUGAAAUAAAUAUUUUCCACGAUAUUAUCCUGGCUGCCAUGAAAAAUCAUCACAGAUAUCAACUGGUGAAAUAUUUUCCAAGGCUGAAAUGAUGUAUUUUGAUACAGGGAAUUCUUGUCUUUGUCAUCAUGCAAGACUUUGUCAUGAGAUGGACGUGAAUAGGUUGUGGGAGGACUCUGUAUACAGGGGCCAUCUGUGUCCAUCACAGGUUUGAACCAAAGUAUACCUUUAAGUAAGAACUGACAAAAUUCCAUAUUUUAGUCCCAGCGUUAAUUAUAGGAAAUAUGGCAUAUUUUAUCAUUGUGAUCUGUGACACUGUUUGACUUGAUUUUGUGAUAGAAAAAUGGCUUUCACUUAACUGGUGUGGGUUGUAUUUUUUUCAACUUCUAUUUGUUUUAUUAUGAGCACUUUGAUGGUAUUGACUGCUUAUGUCAUCAUUCAACGUCCAAGGAUGUUUGAGUU